GGCUGCAGGGACGAGAAGGGCAAGGACAAGGAGAAGAAGCCGCCGCCGCCGCUGCCCGUCGUCACCGCGGUGCUCAAGGUCGACAUGCACUGCCACGGCUGCGCGCGCCGCAUCCGGGCCUCCGUCCGACGCUACGCAGGCGUGGAGGGCGUGGCGAUGGAGGUGGACAAGGGCUCCAUGACCGUCGUCGGCCGCUUCGACGCCAAGAAGCUGCGGGACCGCGUUGCCAACAAGACCAGGAAGAAGGUCGACCUCGUCGGCAGCAACAACAACAACAACAACAAGGGCGGCGGCGGCGGCGACCAGAAGGGAAACGACGGCGACGCCAAGCCGGAGAAGAAGGACGACGAGGGGAAGGAGCUCGACAAGGAGGGCAAGGACCAGGACGACAAGUGCGGCGGCAAGGGGAAGGGCGGCAAGGACAACAAGAAGCCGGCCGUGCCGGUGAUCGUGACGGUGGUGCUCAAGAUCGGCUCCGUCGGCCUGCACUGCGACGGCUGCAUGCACAAAAUCCGCAGCAAGCUGUUCAAGAUCAAAGGCGUGGAGCAGGUCCGCAUGGAUUUCCCCAAGAACCAGGUGACGGUGAUCGGCACGAUGGACGCCAAGUGCCUGCCGGAGAAGCUCCGCCAGAAGCUGAAGCGCCCCGUGGAGGUCGUGGCGCCCGGUAAGGACAAGGACAAGGACGGCAAGCAGCAGCAGCAGCAGCAGGGGGAGGGCGGCAACAAGGACGGCGGCAAGCAGCAGGGCGAGUGCAAGGACGGGAAGCAGUCCAAGGAGGCGGCGGAGAAGGCCAUGGCGGCGGAGCUGGCGCUCUGGAAGACGGCCUACUACGACAGCCAGGCGCUGCAGGCCACCCAGUUCCUCCUCAGCGACGAGAACCCCAACGCCUGCGCCGUCAUGUGACAUCGAUCGGCCGGAGUGAGUCGGAACAGAUACAUAGAUAGGAAUUGGUGAGCAACUGGGAUAGAUAGGCUCGGACAGACAGCAAUGUUGAAAGCUUGAUUGCUGAAACUGUAGUUUUUUUGGGGGAGGAACUUGAUGCAGGUUCGAUCUUGAGACACCUGCCUGCGUGGUUCUGUGAUCUUGGUAGGAUGGUAUGUUACUGAAGUUAACUGGCUGCUGUAAUGGCUUUUGGGGAGGGAGAGGUGCAUGGCACGGUGCCUGCUGGGACAAGGUAGAAUGUGACAAGUUAUUGUGAUGGAUGGUACUACUGUUUUUCAUGAAUCAUGAUGAUUUAUAAAUGGAGCUGAGGAUCUCCAUGAACUGCA